GGCGGCCGGCCGGCCGGGCGGGGAUGGCGGGCGAGCGGAUGGAGGCCGUGCAGCUGCCCCCGGCCCUGCGGGUUUACCGCCUGCAGCACCGCAUCUCCACCUAUAAGAACUGGCCCUUCACCGAGGGCUGCUCCUGCACCCCGGAGCGGAUGGCAGCAGCCGGGUUCCUGCACUGCCCGAGCGAGAACGGGCCGGACGUGGCACAGUGUUUCUUCUGCUUCAAGGAGCUGGAGGGCUGGGAGCCCGACGACGACCCCCUACAGGAACACAAGAAUCACUCUCCCGGCUGUGCCUUCGUCGCCCUCAAGAAGAAGAUUGAAGACUUGACCCUGCAGGAAUUCCUGAAGCUGGACAAACAGAGAGCGAAAAACCUGAUUCAAAAGGAAACCUCCCAGAAGAGAGCCACGUUUGAAGAGACGGCCAAGAAAGUGCGCGGUGCCAUCGAACAGCUGGGCUCCUGUGAGUGAUCGAGCCCCGCUGCCCCCUCCUGCCCCCCAACAGCCCCCCCCAAGCCCCUCCACAAUUGGGGGAGACCCAGGGCAGGAGCUCCUCGUCCGAGGAAGACCAACCCCGGCGCCACGUGACUUUCUCUUCUACUCUCUCUGCUGGUUUGUUUUUUUAGGACUAGAACGGUAUUUGUCUUUUUAGUUUGUGCCGACAAUCUGUGGGCGCCGGUCUCCCUCCCUCCCCUCCGUCCCUCCCGCCCCCCCCGGAUCAGGGCAGAGAGUCCCACCAGGUGGGCGAGGUUAGAACCCCACGAUAUUCAAGUUGUGGACUAGGCCCAGGGUGCCAAGCCUGCAUAACCUUUGACUUGACAUUCUGGGUGAAUAUAGAGCCUUAAAUUCAGAAUGAAUUUCUUUUCCCCCCAUCUCUUCCGGGCUGCUCCAGAAAGCCCCCAUCCUCGAACCUCACCACAUCCUUGAAAAGAUGCUUUUUUUUAAAUCUGUCCAUCGGGUUUUAAUUCUGUAUCGCCCCGGGGCAGCAGCGGCGAGGCGGAUGCUUGUGAAAUCACCAAACCCUUCUGAAUCGAGCCCUGAAUGUAGCAAGCAGCAGUGCCUUUCUCGCGUGUCCUUUCAUAGUGAACAUUUUAUAGAUUUCCGAACGCAAAAUGGAAUUGAAAAGAGCAGCCAGCCUGCUGAGAAGGAUUUUUUUACCCCGCCUUUCCUCCCCCCGUCUUAAUCCUUUCCGAGGAUCUGGACCAGACGUUGGUAUGGCGCACAGUCUUGCCUGGCUCACCUGUCUCUAGUUGCAGCCCAAUCUUAGUAGGAUUCAAUGGUGUCUUUAUUCUGUACAUAUGUAUAUUUUGGGGGGGGUUGUGGGAGGAAGGGAGGGGGCAACUCUAAGGGUAGGAUAAGUGUGGACUGCCCACCCCCUCUCAUUGAGGCAGAGAAGGCUUCUCGGAGGAGGUGACCCUCGAGCAGGGGUUUCAAGGCGCCAGCUGUGUGUACUCUGAGGUGAAAAUUGGUGGGGAUAAGGACAGCAGCGGAAGCAGCGUGCCAUCUCUCCCGCUCUUUUGGGGUGGGGGGCGGAGGGCGACCGGCGCACCUCCUCUGUUCCCUUUCCUCGAGGAAGAAGAGGCGGCCCCCAUCCCAGCUGGCUCUGGCCAUCUCUCCCUGGCCCGCCCGAGAGUCGAGGUGUGAGCUUCUCCACCCUUUGUCACCGUGGGUCUGCCGGCUUCCAUUGCUCCCCCAAGCUGACUCGCGGGCCAUGGGAUCCCCGGGAGACGAUGGUCGGGUCAGGAAAGCGGACUUGAGGGAGGGUGGGCUUUUUGAUGUGAAACCAGCACGGUUGGGCCCCUGGAAGACCCCUCCAUGCCCUGUGGAGGAGGCCCGAGGCCUCGCCCCGUCUCUGGGUCACCUUCCCGGGCAGCGCUGGCCAAGAAGCUAACGCCCCUGAGCCGCCGAGGGCCUGAGCUUGCCCGAGACUAACGCUAUGUUCCUUUGGUUUGGGUUAUUUUUUUAUAAUGAAAAAAGCUCCCUUUACCAUCUA